UUUUUCCAAUGGGGAAAGGAGGGUCGAGCCAGUCGUUCAUCAAGGUUGUGUGUUCCGAUCCCCCUCCCCAGGAGAUACUGAGUGCAGCGCUGUGUCGGAUCGAAACAGUCAGCAGUGUGUCAGCCAGAGACUAUCCUGACAAUGUCAGCAUCCAUCCUUGGAUGGAACCACCAGGCCAGUUCAGCGGUACCCCAUAACCAAAUUAAGCUGCUGCUACCUGAGAGAAAUGAGCUGGAGAUGUGUUGGCACUGAGAGGUAAUCACUUAGGUGUUACAAUUAGUUACCCUGUGACAUUUUUCUUGAACCUUUGAUAGAAGAAAAAUGUUCAGACAAGGAGAAACUGCAAAGCGUCGCCUGAAUUUACACAUCUCAACACGAGUAAGAAGUGUGGAGGUUGCACGAGGAAAAACAGGAUAUGGUUUCACUCUUGCUGGCCAGACCCCUUGUGUCCUCAAUUGUGUCCUAAAAGGAAGUCCGGCAGACUAUGUCGGACUUCGAGCUGGGGAUCAAAUCCUCAGUGUCAAUGAUAUCAAUGUUUGCAGUGCUUCCCAUGAAGAUGUUGUAAAAUUAAUUGGCCGGUGUUCUGGGUUGUUGCACAUGGUGAUUGGUGAGGGGAGUAAUCACCUGGAUUCGUGUUCAAGUGAUGAAGAACUGGCAUUCCAUGAAACAAAAAACUGGAUUAAACCCAAGGUUGAUUCUAAAACCCUUGGUAUUAACAGAGCAGAGCGAGUUGUAGCAGAAAUGCAGUCUGGUGGAAUUUUUAACAUGAUCCUGGAGAACUCAUGCCAUUCUCCCUGCGCCUCUGGAAAAGUGGCAGGUAAAGCAAGACCCUUAUCGGAACCCAACAUCAGAAAUAGGCAUGAGAGUACAAAGAGCAAUCCGGAUUUGCUUUCUGAGGAAGAGGCAACCAGAGAAGUGAACGAUGAUUCUGUCUUUGUUUCAAUGUUUGAAAAUCAGGAGGAUUUUGGUCUUGAUGCAAGCAUUUUAAAUGUUGGAAUGAUUGUGGGGUACCUUGGUUCUAUUGAACUGGCUUCUACAAGUGCAAACCUAGAAAAUGACAGCUUGCAGGCCAUCCGGGGUUGCAUGAGGCGAUUACGAGCUGAACAAAAGAUCCAUUCUUUGGUGAUGAUGAAAAUAAUGCAUGACUGUAUUCAGCUUUGCAAUGACAAAGGCUCAGUGAUUGCUGUUUAUCCUGCUGAGAAGCUUGCCUUUAGUGCUGUGUGUCCGGAUGACCGAAGAUUUUUUGGACUUGUCACCAUGCACGUUAUAGACAACCACAUUUUUGCUACAAAGGAAGAGAAUGGACUGAGGACUUCUUGCCAUGUUUUCAUGGUGGAUCCUGACCUAUGCUAUCACAAAAUUCAUCAGGGCAUAGCUCGACGUUUUAAUUUUGAUUGUACCCCCGAUCCAGAUGAGAGUGGGUGCUUAGAAUUCCCAGCAACAUCUCAACCUGUCCUUCAGUUUGUCUCUGUGCUCUAUCGGGACAUGGGGGAGUCAAUAGAAGGAAUGCGAGCGAGAGCCUUUAUUGAUAGUGACAUUGAUGCUCAGCAGAAUAACAGCACGAGCAGUAACAGUGACAGUGGCAUUGGGAAUUUUCAGCAAGAAGAGAAGAACAACAGGGUUCUUUUGGUUGAUUUGGGGGGCAAUCCAGGCAGGCAUGCUCCUGCUGGCCUAUGGGAAAAUCCUCCCUCCCGGAAUACAAGCCAGCCAACACCACACUGGGCUAGUUACCGCUAUGACCAGGAAGCAAAAUAUAAUUUGUCUGACCUGCCACAUGUUGACCUCCAUACCUCGGGCAGGCACCUUGGCCCUGCUGCUAGGCUCGAUGCCCCCAUGGCUUCUUCAAGAAAUAAUUAUCCUCCAGUUAAAAAGCAGGGGCCAAUUGGAGCUGCUCACUCAGGUGGUCAAAGGUGGCUUCCUGUUCAUGUUCUGCGAGACUGGCAGCAAGGACAUAGCAGCGACCAGGAAUCGUAUGCCGAGUCCACAGAUGGCUGGUCAAGUGCAAACUGCAGUACGCUGCCUCCUCCAAUGAAUAAAAUCCCAGCUGAUCGAUACCGAGCUGCAGGAGACAUCGGUCGGCCCUCUCAGCUCGUAUCGCACAAAGACGAGUGGUCCCAGAAGUUGCUUGGUGCAGAACAGAACAGAGAGGGUUAUAAAAAGACAUCCAAGUUCCGUGGGAUAUCUCUAGGAUUUUCAAGUAUCACCUCAAGAUCCUCUGGCCGGCGGUCCUAUGGAAGAUCUAAACGUUUUAGCUUUGCUCGAUCUUUGGAUAAUUUGGAGUCUGCUGCAGUGUCAGAUGGUGAGUUAAACAGUGUUGACUUGAAGGGUUGUGGCAGCGAGAACAGCCUGAAUAGUAAUGCCAGUCUGCCAAGUGUACAGAGCUGUCGAAGGCACACUGAGCGACGUGUUGCUAGUUGGGCAGUCUCAUUUGAAAGACUGCUACAGGAUCCAGUUGCUGUUAGGUACUUCUCAGAAUUCCUUAAAAAAGAGUUCAGUGAAGAAAACAUUUUAUUCUGGCAAGCCUGUGAGAUCUUCAGUCAUGUACCUGAGAGUGACAAGAAGCAGCUUUCUCAGAGAGCAAAGGAAAUCUACAAUAGUUUUUUAUCCAGCAAAGCUACUACUCCGGUUAACAUUGACAGCCAGGCACAGUUAGCAGAUGAUGUCCUAAAUGCUCCACGCCCUGAUAUGUUUAAAGAACAGCAACUUCAGAUCUUCAAUCUUAUGAAGUUUGACAGCUAUACCAGGUUUCUGAAGUCUCCACUCUAUCAGGAGUGUAUGGUAGCAGAAGUGGAAGGCAGACCCCUUCCUGAUCCCUGCCAGGUUCCUAGUAGUCCCGCUUCUAAGAACAGUAUCAGUUCUGAACGCUCCAACAUAUCUACACCAAAAAAGCCAAGUAAGAAGUCUAAAUCUGGUAGAUCACUGAAUGAAGAAGAUGCAGAAGAUCAUGCAGAUAAAAAGAAAGGACCAUUUUCUUUGUGGACUCGUAACAGGAGCUUUGGGAAAGGACACAAGAAAAGAGAAAAUGGAGAUUUCCGUAGUAAUUUCUCAAGCAGUAAUGGUCGACGUGAAUCUCAAGGUUCUUCUUCUUCUGGAGCUAGCUUGGAUUUGGCAAACCCAAUUUCACUAAGUAGGAAUGAGUGUGAUGUCAGCCAAAUGCUUCUGCCUGAGAAGGAUAAGUCACAGAAGUACUGCUCUAUAAAUCUACCAGAUGGCUCAGUCUGUGCAGUGCCCACCCGUCCUGGAUUAUCUAUCAGGGAGAUGCUGUCAGGUCUUUGUGAGAAGCUUUGCAUCAACAUGGCUGCUGUAGACCUUUUCUUAGUUGGAGGCGAGAAGCCUCUUGUGCUGGAUCAAGAUAGCAUGACCCUAAGUUCAAGGGACUUGAGAUUAGAAAAACGCACUUUGUUCAGGUUGGAUCUUGUGCCCAUCAAUCGUUCUGUUGGAUUGAAAGCCAAACCUACGAAACCAGUUACAGAAGUUCUUCGACCAGUUGUAGCCAAGUAUGGCUUACAUUUAGAAGACCUCGUGGCAAAAAUUAGUGGAGAGAAAGAACCUUUGGAUCUUGGUGUGCCCAUUUCUUGUUUAGAUGGACUAAGAGUUGUUUUGGAAGUGUCAGAUCAGAUUACCGGCAAAGAAAAACAAAAGAAUGCUUCAUCAAAGCCAAGUCAAACAUCUUUGAAUGCAAGAGCUCCAGCAGCAACAGAAAAUGAAAAACCUUCAGGAAAAUCAUCUUCUGUCAAAGCUAGAGGGGAAAACGGAAAAGCUGCCAGGGAGUCACGGCCUUUGAGAAAAGAAGAAUCAGUUGAUAAACUGGACAAAAGAAAGCAGAAAAAAAUUAAUAUAGAUGAAGCAGAAGAAUUCUUCGAACUACUGUCCAAAGCUCAGAGCAACAGAGCAAACGACCAGCGGGGUUUGUUGAAAAAGGAAGACUUGGUGUUACCCGAUUUUUUACGUUUGACACCUGAUGUUUCAUCAUCCACAUCAUCGUCUCAAAAAUCCAACCAUAGAAGAGGCAAAGAAGAUGAAGGGACUGAUAGGCCUUUGAAUGCAGUUUUGCUUUCAAAAGAAAUGAACUCCACUGUGAACUAUGAAAAAGAUUUAAGUAAAUCUAAAGCACAGUCUUCAAGUCAACCCAGGGUGGCAUUAAUUCCACAUAACAGUCAAAAAUGUGAGCAGAAAGAAAGAGCCCUCUUUGUCACACCGCUGUCACCUAUUCCACAUACGCAAGAAGUAAGUACAGCUUGGGUAGAGUUGCGGCCCUCAGCCUGCCAGACAGACGUCAUAGAGACUUUUGGUGAUGAGCAUAUUGCAGACUUGACUUUGGUAGGAGAAGGAGACAUCGCCAGCCCCAACAGCACAUUGUUGCCACCUCCUCCACCCACUCCACCCUCUAAUGCAUGCAGUCUUGCAGAAGCCAACUCAACUGCUCCUUGUGAUAACUGUGAAGAGACCUAUAUUUUCUUCAGAUCCAGCUCAGGUAUUUCAGGAGUGUGAUGUAUUUCCUGUUUUGCGGAGUGUCUCGCCUUAAAUUGCUAUGGUUUUGUGAAUAUCUUUGUUUAUUGCAAAUGCACUUUAUUAAAGCUCACAUUUCCGUAAUGUACUUUAUGAAAAAUACAGUAAUGGUGAAUUGUCAGGCUAAAAAACUAGAGAUUGCAGUUUCAUAAAUUUUUUGAGGCUAGUCCUGUGAAUCAUUAAUUUCUUUGUAACAUAGUAAGUAUGUUAUUCUCUUUUAAAACUGAUAAUGUAAUUGCUGCUAUGCAAUGUAUACAUGUCUCAUGACAGUAACAGUGUUGCUCGUAAACUUGUUCGAAACUUAGGGACUCAGCACUUUGUGGGUAAAAUACUUAGGAAAGAAUUCAGUAUAGUGUCUGUAAACUAAAACAUUUACAAAUGGCAAAAAUGCCUGUAAAACUUUAAAUGAAAUGUAAACACUAAGUGGUUUAUUAGAAAAAAAAAAGAGUGGUGCAAUGUGCUCCUUUGAUCUAAAAGACCAAUGCAUCUUCAUGUCUUCAUGUAUAAGUAAUUACCUUAGACCAGUGUUUCCUGUGACAAUGCAGCCCAGUCACUUUUAUUAACAAAAAAAAAAGCAAAAUCUGAACUGACCAUAAAUCUUUGUAUUAUCACAGUCCUUUUAAUUUAUUACAUUAUUUGUGACCUGACACCAUCCCAUCCCCAUCCAGCAUGAUGGCACACUUGGAAGGGAUGCCACAUAUCAAUGUUUGGAUCUCAGUUCAGUUCCCAGCUGGAGUGCCUUCUGUGUUGAUUUCACUUGUGCCAUGUUCACAUGAUUUUCACUUUCAGUCCAAAGACAUUUUGUUGGGGUACGUAGCUGUGUGAGUGUGAGGCUUCUAUCCCUUUUCCUUGUCACAGUAUUACUCUAAAAAGUGUUGGGAAAACACCUGCUCUUUACACAACCCCCAAAUGCUCAUGCCAGUGCUGUUAGGUUUUUAUUGUAGCCAUCAAUAUCAUUUGGGUAAUAUUAUUAAAUUUUUUUUCAUUCUCAAAGAAUUCCGCUCAACUCUUUAUCCAAGGUCUGCUUGAGACACAUUUAACAAAAGAAAUCGUCAUUGACAUUUUUUAACUGCAAAGUUUUUAUGAGUCUCAGUUUACUUAUUAUGAGCUUUGUUGUACUGCAAAUAGCACUUAAGCAAGGUAUUGAAAACCUUGUAUUAGUGCAGUGGAACACUGAACUAGAAUAGGGAGACACUAACAGUAUUUACAUAAUAAACUGUUUGUAGUAUAAUGAAAUAUUCAUUAUACAGAGAAUUCAUCCAGAAGUCCCAUUUUAUGCUGUUCAGCAAUUUAAGAGUUUGUGAAUUACACUACAUAACUUUAAAAGUACACACAAUAAUCUCUAAAUGUAGGUUUUUAUAUUUGUCCCAAAAGUCAAGUGCUCCUUUAUAAGUGUCAAGCAAACAGCUGUCAAGGCCACUUGAAGGAAUGUUAUUUUUACAUAUCAACCUCACAGAGAACAGUAUCAGAGCAAUAUUUUAAUAAUGUUUAUAGUCUGCUAAGUGUGUACAAUUCAGGCAUAGAAGCUUUAGAAAGGAUUUGCAGUGUCUUAUAAUACUUCUGUAGUUACUGAAAAAUGCAGUGACUGCAUACAUUUUAAUGACAUCUGAAAAAUGAUUAAUCUGGAGACAGAAAAGAUAAAUGGCAAGUUCAAGUCUAAAAUUAGACUUAAAUAUUUACUAGAUUAAACAAUAAAAUGAAGCUAUGUAAACAUGUUUUCAAAGUGAAUAGAGUUGUGAAAGUCAUAGCUAAUUUUAUUCCUGUUACUCCUUUAAACUUCACAUCAAAAAUACUGAACGGACAAAUGUACAAAUAGAGAAAUACAAACCUUUAUUUCCAAGUUAUCAAUAAUUAAACAGUUUUCCAUUAGAUGUAGCAAAAGAAAUUUGCAACAUUCAUUUGAAAAACAUAUAGGCAUGUCAGGUCAAAAAUCCAAAUGCUAUUUCGUAAAGCUCUUUCUUGAAGUGUUCUGCCUGCGUUGUGUUCACUGAUCCCAUUUGAGUAGUUUGAGAUUAGUAUUAAUCACACUGCAGGGAAAACAAGUCCAAGAGUAGAGCAGAUCAGAUCAGACUGAAACUGUAAAUGUUUAUCACGUUACAUUACUCUUGUCUAAAACAGCGCUACUGCUUAAAUAUUUACCACAUAAAAAAUUAAACACACGUUAGCUAUAACUUACCAUUUCAUUUGGAUAACUGAGCCUAGAAAAUUUUGAAAUCAUUGCAGUGACACAAUGCCAAGAUCAGUCUCAUGUACAGUUUUACACUGUUUUAAUUGGUGCCAAAUUUUUAUAAGAUGUUGAAUUUGUUUAGCAAAUAAGGUCUGGGCAUUCAUUUGAUGUAUUUAAACAUAAUUAAUGUUGUGGUUCCCAGAAUUCCAAUGUAAAAACAUAAUAUCUUGUUAGUUUUUAAAGUAUACAUUCAUAUGAUCAUUUAAUUGAACUAUUUAAUUGUAUUAUUACAUAGCUGUAUAUUCUUAGUCUCCAAAUCAUUUCUACUUUUGUUAAUUCAUUCCGUCAAGUGUUUUACAAUCAAGUUCUUUGAUUUUUAUCAGAGAUAUAAUUAAAAAUUGAUAUGUGUUAAAAUUGUUUAAUUUAUCAAAUGCAGUCUUUCACUCCAGUUGCCUUACAAAAAGAUCCCUGGCUUUACAGAGCACAUGAUGUUAAUCACCUUUUGCAAUCAUUGCAAAACAGUAAGAAUGUAGACAGUGAGUGCCCUUGCUGCUUCACACUCCAUACCUUUUUUUUUUUUUUUUUUAUGGUGGAUUUUGACCAAUAUGCACCACAUUCCAGUUUACUACAUCUGUCCCACAAUCUUUUUUGGAUUGUUUUCAGUAAAAGUUUAAAAUAAAUAGCAUUGAAAUUAAAACCUUAAAAUGAUCUUCACCAUACAUUGUUUUCCUAUUUAGCAAUCAAGAAUCAAGAAGUAUAUGUUUAUUAAUUUUCUGAACCUACUCAGUCCAGUUUUAGGGUAACGAGGAUCUUAUCAAUAUGUCAAACUCCAUAUCUAGAACUAGAGAUAUUAGAAAAUGGCAAAUAUUUUAUUUAUUAAGUUUUAUUGCUCAAUGCAAAAUGGCAAUGUGCAAAUGAAUAUACAGAACUUUAAAGCCUAUGUGCCAUCUUGCUCAUUGUACAUCAUUGUACAAUGUACAUCCAAAGCACUUCUUCCAGAGUACAGAGUCAGUUUUCUGGUUAGACUUAAAGAUUUGUUUUAAGGCGUAAGGACUUCAUUCAUGACUUUCUGUGGACAAGUUAUGAUACAUGCCAGGAUAUUGUUUUCAAUUUUAAAUGUACUUGAAAGAAUUUUUUGUGCUUUUCUUAAAACAUAUAAUUCUUGAUAUAAGAAAAUUAUGCAGGAAUUAAAUUAAUGUACCUUUUUCCUCAAAAUCAAUUAAACAUGUUAAUCAGAUUAAAUCCCAAAACCAGAAUAAGCUUGUUGUGUAAUGUCAUUGGAGUUGUAAAAAAAUAUGAUGCAUUCAUUUUAACAUAAUUUUUAUUUAUUUUAUACUUCUGAAUCCCCAUAUAUGUAUGCGCAACUAUCUAGUGUAGGCAUCUCAAUCUACAGUAUUAUUGCUUCUUGUAGUUUUUUUUUUCUUUCUAGAAACACUGCGUAUAAUGUGUAGGACAUCCCAAAUGUGUCUUUUUACUUCUUUUUCCAUUUCUUCAACCAUUCGAUAUCCAUCCUCAUAGUUCACUAAAAGGGAAUCUAUCCUGGGUGAUCCCCCAUUUUAUUGUAGCUAUUCUUUUUUAAAGGGUUGAGAUUGUUUGUUUUGAAGUCCUGCAGCUUUACAUUUGACAUGUCUAAAACAUAUCCUUUGGAAGGAUAGUUGGCAGUCUGCUGUUGUGUUGUAUUUAAGUGUUUAGUGUGAGCAAUACUAAUCAAGUUUAACACUUAGUCCAUUACCGAUUCAUUCCCAUCUGUUACUGGCUGUGUGUGCCAUUAAUUUUUAUUUUGUUUAAAUGGUUGAUGUUCUCCAUGAGAUAUAUCACUAUUUGAAAAAGAAAAGUUUCUUGACAGAUUAACAAUUUUGCUUUUUUUUUUUUUUCCUCAGUUGUAUUCUAUAAAAAAGCUUGUAGUACUUGAACAAUAAAACAACUUUUGAAUACGGUAUAUGGUUAUUUUCUAGACCUUAUCAGCUCAUUUUGAGGAAUGUUGUAUUUGUUAGCUGGCCUGUAAUUAAUGUGUAACUUUGUUUGCAAUGGAUUUCUGGUGAAAUGCCAUGAAAUCCUCUGAGAAUUUUCAACAUUAGAUAGUGUUGAUGUGUGAAACUUUCAGUUAAUAAAGAAAAAAUUUUCAAGAUGGCAAGCAGUCUGAGACAGCUAUUAAUACCCCCAAUUAUUGUAAAAGCUUGUUUUGAAAUGCAAAGAAGAUAUUGUCUGGAAAAAUGGUAUCUUUGUUUUCUUUUGAUUUUAAAUGCAAAAAUUUACUUAAGCUACUUUUGAGAAUAUAACAUUUAUGAAGUAUUCCAUAUUAUUUCAUUUUCUUUAUUCUUUGCUCUAUUUUUACAUCAUGUAAUUUCCAUGCAGUUUUAUAUAAGUUGGUUAGAUAAUGGUUGGAUGAAUGGAGAUGUGCACAUACACAUCAGUGUCAUUAUGGCAUCCAGUUGUAUUCCGUUUACUCUUAGUGUCUACAAGUGUUCUUUCAUAUAUGCAUUUGUUUCUAAGUUACAUUCACCACUAGAAAAACUCAGUAACUUUUUUGUAGAUUAUAAUUUGUGCCAAGAGUUUUUUAAACAUAUUCAUCAAUGUUAAAUGAAUCCUGAACAAGUGUUAUCAACAUUGAGAGAAGACAAAUGGUUAAUAGUUUACAAGUUUUAGCACCUUAUACUAUUUUGGAUGUUACCUGCGAUUUCUCUCACUUGGAAUCUUUAGGUCAUUAUGUUGAGUUGAGCAGGCAGGCAGUGGCAUGUGCUAUAUGAAUAACUGUGGGAUUUUAGCUUGGGGCUUUAGGCAAUAGGUUUAAAAAAAAAAUACUGAAAAGUGAAUUGAUUUUUCAAGAUAUUACAAGUAUUUUUGUAGCCAUUAUAAAAUUCUAGCAUUUGGAAUCUGACUUUUUAAAAUUUCAUUUUAUGUUUACAGCGAGCUUGCAUUUGUGCUUAUUACUAUGUUGUACAUUUAAUAAAGUGAUUCUUUUCCUUCUGUCCUGUCCUCAAAAAAUGCAGUUCAAUGAUGAUGCUUAAUACAUGCAUAAACAACAAACAAAGUUACACUAAUUGAUUGCCACUGGCUAGUAGCAGCAUUACAUUUUAAUUUAGAAAAAUAUUUUAUGUAUAUUUGUUAAAAUAAAUAUAUAUAGUCUCUUAUAUUUAUAUUUUGUAGUAAUUUAUCUUUGCCACCUUUUUAUCUAUUGUAAAGUACUGGUGAAUAAAACAUUAAAAAAUGUUAUGUACAUAUUUUUAAUACUUUUCAUUAUUGAAUUGCAGAUCCACUUUAUUUCUAAACAUUCAUAGUCUGACUCCUUUAGAUGUCCUUUGCUGUUACCUAUGCUGAUUUAAUUUUGUAUCUAUGUUGUUGUUACCUUAAUAAACAUUAGAAAGUAAAUCUUCUGUCUGUCUUAUAAAUGUGUUUUGAUUAUAUGAAACAUUUCUUGCUGUCACUUUUUAUUCAUUUCUUAUUUUCAUACUUUGUUUCUGUGCUAUGAAGAAUUAAAUCAUUCUGAAAAUAUUUCACUUAUGUAGCAAUUCUUUAUUAAAUGGUCUUUCACUGUGCAAUAAAGGUUUCCUCAGUGUCAUUAUUAAAAAAAA